CAACAUUGGUUUUUUCUAGAAAAGGCAAUCUCUUCGAAUCACUGCCAAAAAAACCCCCCAACACUUCACUCUACAUUAUCUGAAUGAACGUAUAAGAGUUGUAUACACAUAAUCCCAUUUUAAACCAUUACAAACGCAUAUUACGACAACAAAAUGAUGGCCGAUUACAAACUACGUCGUGAUGCCUGUCGACCACGAGUUUUAGACAAGUAUGAAAUUAUUGGCUUCAUUAGCUCUGGCACCUAUGGCAGAGUUUACAAGGCUAGAUUUCGAAAUAAGGAGGAUCCACGCGAAUUUGCCAUUAAGAAAUUCAAACCCGAUCGUGAAGGCGAUACUCAUCACUAUGUGGGCAUUUCGCAAUCAGCUUGUAGAGAAAUAGCUCUAUGCAGAGAGCUCAAACACAUUAACAUUGUCGGUCUGGAAGAAGUAUUACUUGAGGAUAAAGCAAUCUUUAUGGUAUUCGAAUUCGCUGAGCAUGACUUUUUACAAAUCAUCCAUUAUCAUCUACACACCGAGAGAAAAUCAAUGCCAGAAGUCAUUGUCAAAUCGUUGCUGUGGCAGCUUAUCAACAGUGUUGCAUAUCUCCAUGCAAACUGGGUGCUUCAUCGAGAUCUAAAGCCUGCAAAUGUGCUCCUGACAAGUGAAGGAGUGGUCAAAACAGGAGAUCUUGGUUUGGCACGUUUAUUUAACCGGCCAUUACAACCAUUAUUUAACGGUGACAAGGUUGUGGUGACGAUCUGGUACAGAGCCCCCGAACUAUUAUUUGGAUCACGGCAUUAUACAAAGGCAGUGGAUAUGUGGGCUGUGGGCUGUAUCUUUGGGGAGUUACUUGCACUCAAACCGAUAUUCAAGGGAGAAGAGGCCAAGAUGGACAGCAAAAAAAACGUGCCAUUCCAACGAAGUCAGCUCACAAAGAUAUUUGAAGUGCUCGGAACGCCUACAAAGGAACGAUGGCCAACUAUAGAUCAAUUGCCAGAUUACUCAUACCUCAGCUCAUUCCCUAUGUGUCAAAACAACCUCAAACACCUACAUGGCUUACCAAAGAGUGAAGCCGGUUUCAAUUUACUUGCAUCGUUACUAGAAUAUGAUCCUGCAAAACGAAUUACAGCUGAGAAGGCAUUAAAUCAUCCGUAUUUUCAAGAAGAGCCUAGACCUGUGAUGAACGUUUUAGCACAACAAGGCACCGAGUAUCCUCAUCGACGAAUUACACAAGAUGAUAAUGAUAUUAAAUCGAACAAAGCCGCUGUUCCUCAAGCAAUGGCAAGGGAUGAUCAUUCGUCUCGAAUGGCAAAGAAAGCACGGCAUGGAUAAUUGAGAGUCAAGAUACUAAUAGUAGUUUUUCCGUGCUCUGUUUUAUAGUUGUUUAAAAUCAUGUACAUCUCUUUUCUGCUUUAUACCCCGCCUUCUUCUCUACUCCUCUUUUCUUUCCUUCAAUCAUGUAAUGAAACAAAAAAUGCAUAAUACUGUUCAAACAAAUCAAUGCUUACCGAGGGUAACUUAUAUGCGUGCGUAUGUAUACGAUGACAGGCACGAUUAAGCUUCACGCUGUCAAGCAGACUAUUUAGAAUGAUGCGAUCAUCGAUCAGCAUGCAGGGAAAGAACA